AAAUCGUCUAUCUAAAAAGAGCGACCGAAUCAUUUAAUUUCCACACGCUAACCCUAACUAUAUCCCUCACACACAAAAUCCACAAUCACAAAUUCAACAAAUUAGGGUUUCAUCCAAACACAAACCUUUCAAUCGAAUCAAUCCUCAACCAUGCCGAAGAACAAGGGAAAGGGAGGAAAGAAUCGCAAGAGAGGUAAGAACGAAGCCGACGACGAGAAACGCGAGCUCGUUUUCAAAGAAGACGGACAAGAAUACGCUCAAGUUCUCCGUAUGCUCGGUAACGGUCGUUGUGAAGCGACGUGUAUCGACGGAAGAAAGCGUCUCUGUCAUAUUCGUGGUAAGAUGCAUAAGAAAGUUUGGAUCGCUGCCGGUGAUAUUAUUCUGGUCGGACUUCGUGAUUAUCAGGAUGAUAAGUCUGAUGUGAUUCUGAAAUACAUGCCUGAUGAAGCUAGGCUUCUUAAGGCUUAUGGUGAGCUUCCUGAACAUAUUAGACUUAAUGAAGGUAUUGGUGGUGGUCUUGAUGAAGAAGAAGAUGGUGAUGCUAAUGAUUACAUCGAGUUUGAGGAUGAAGAUAUUGAUAAGAUUUAAGUGUUUUUUUUUUAUGAUGAAUGGAGUAUUUUAAUUAUUAUGUUGUAUUUUGAGAUAUUAUCAUAUGGUAUUAUGGUGAAUUUGAAUGAACAAUAAUCAUAGUUUGUUGUAUUAGUUAUUUUUGGUGUUCUGUUUGGAAUUUGUUUUAAGAAUCUCGGUUAAAUAAGAUUGAUGCUGUCGCGAUUUCAAUCAUGUUGUGUUGUGGGUAGAUGUGGUUGUGGAUAAUCAAAAUAUAUUUUUUAGUA